GGCUAAAAUGCUGUGUACAUAUCUCUGGAUUCCAGUGCGGGCCGCAUUUGGAUGUUCACCAGAACAUGACCAAAUUUAUGUUUCACGGGUGGGGCCUGGCAGAGAUCGUGCAAAGCGUGAUCUUGGUCACGUUUUUGGUCCCGUCCCCGAAACGCGCCCUCCACGAGCACAAAAGAUAAAGAAGCCGGAGAACGGUGCCGUCGCCGGAGUAGGCCGCCGGUUGACUCACAGACGGCGAGAAGCUUCCCCUCUCCCUCUGAACCGUUGGAUCUGAGAGGAUGGUAGGAGACAAGCGUCCUAUGGACGAUGACGAUGACGAUGAUGGGCUGCGGGAGAGUAAGAGGCAGAGGAGACCUGGUUCUGGGAGAAUGGAGCAGAAAGCUACAACAUGUGCUGUGUUUAUGAAACCUUCAACUUGUGUUGACUGAAUUCCGGAAAAUGGAGAAUGAUUGGCAUGGAAGUGGGAAAAUUCGAAAAUUUACUGGAGCUAUGGUAAACAAAGAAGAUCGAUAUCGAGCAGUGAAGGAGCAGAAAACCCCAGAUUUUGUGAGUGCAUCUAAAGGAGCUCUAACGGCAGAUUUUGUGCAGAGACUUAUUUCAGCGAUGGAGCCACUUCUUCAUGAAAAUAUGCCCACGACAGCACCUCCAACCCAAGAUGGAGAUAGAGCUGGUUGGACAACUAGUCGUGAUCAGUUCUUUAUCAAUCUGUUGCUUGAACAAACUAAUAGAGGCAGAAGAACUGAGGUGGGGUUCACAAAGGAUGCCUGGAAAUCGAUAUUUCUAGCCUUCAACAAGAGGUUCAAUUUAAAUUAUACCAUUUCUCAGUUAAAAAGUCGUUACAGAAGACUAAAAACACAAUAUAGGAUGAUCAAGGCUCUCAGAAAUCUUAAUGGAUUUGGAUGGGAUGAUGAAUUGAAAGUGGUUACUGCAUCUGAGGAUGUUUGGGAGCAGUAUAUCUCGGAACACCCAGACGCAAGAAACUACAAGAGCAAAUACUUUCCCUUCUAUGAUGAAUGUUCCAUUUUAUUUGAUGGAAAAAGAAUUGAAGGGCGUGGAACAAUGGUUGGAAUGCAUAAUGGGCUAAUGCACGAGGACGUAAAUGCAGCAGCCAACACAGACACACUAUAUUCUACCGAUGAAGCAAGUUCUGAAGAUGCAACACCUUAUGAAGUUCUUGAACAGCAAAAGCAUGGUGAUACCACAUCAUCCAGCAGCCAUGAGAAAAGGGUCUGUUCAAGCCCAAGGCAUAGAAUUGCUGUGGCAUUAGAGAACAUAGCAUUUGAGUUUGCUGAUAGUCGAAUGGUGCAAAAGAUGGCCUCUGAGGAUGAUGCGUCUUUUCGACAAUGUAUGAUAGAGCUCCAAAACAUGGAAGGAUUGGAUCCUGAGGAUUGUGUCAAAGCAGUCACUAUUCUCAAAGAUCCUCUUAAUCGAGUUGCAUUUGCAACUUUGAAUGAAGACCUUCGUCGAAGAUGGUUAAUUAGUGAACUUGAUCAAUUCAAAUAACCAAGUUUUGGGGGAGGGUUUUGUUUGAGAGAGUUUGUAUUCUGGAAUUUUUGUUAGUGAAGAGGCUUUGGUGCUAACACUCGACCUUUCUGUAAAGUUUUUGUUGUCUUGUUUUGGUAACUGUUGGCUUUCUCUGAA